CACUUUUAGCGUAAUAUAUGUUUUAAUAACACAAUGUAUGACUCACUCGACUCAUGCAUUGAAUACUCAAAACGUGUUCAUUGAUUGAGUCCAACAAAAGUGACACAAAAUAUUGUUGACAUAAAAAAGCAUUGAUUUAAUGGUUAAAGACAUUGAAUUAGUGGACACAAUGUCGGUACCACUUCUUCAUUUCAUUGCACCUGAAAUACAGGAAAAUCCGUUGGGAUGGGGACCUAAUACAGUACCCGAACAAUACAAAGAUAUGCCGUAUCAGCCCUUUUCUAAAAGCGACCGAAUCGGCAAAGUGGCCGAUUGGACGGGUCAGACAUAUGCUGACAAACGACUGGCCAACAAAUAUCAGUCACAGUUUGGCGGCGGCGGUCAGUACUCGUAUAAUCAGGAAGACGAUGAAAGUUCAUAUCAAUUGGUGGACACAACUCGUGUGAUCAAUAAAAUGCAAAGGGGAAGGCUUAGGAUCGGACAACGGAAUGCAAGGGGUCGUCAUAACAGACCUGGAGGUCAACAACAAAUGCAUGUCCUUUCGCGUGGUGUUAGAGGCCGUGAUAAAGGAGGAGCCGCUAUGAGAGGCAAAUGGCAAAAGAAUAUGCGCCAAAAGUAUGACCAGAAAGGAGCGCCUCAGAAAAAGAGAGACGCAUCGGUUGAUGUGAGACCAAACUGGAAGAUAAUUGAAGAAAUGGAUUUCCCACGACUUAGUAAACUAUCUCUUCCUGCUGUUGUCGAAGGAAAGGAUGUCUACACUUGUGGUGCACUUGAAUACUAUGAUAAAACAUACGAUAGAGUGACGACUAAGAAUGAAAAGAGACUUCAAAGAGUAAACAGAAUCUUCCAUAAAGUGACGACAACUGACGAUCCCAUUAUUAGACAGUUAUCCAAAACUGAUGGCAAUGUGUUUGCCACGGAUGCCAUUAUAGCUACACUUAUGUGUGCCACGCGUUCGGUUAUAUCCUGGGAUAUUGUCGUUCAAAAAGUAGACAAUAAGUUGUUUUUUGACAGAAGAGAUGAAUCUGAGUUUGAUUUAUUUACUGUCAAUGAAACAGCUGCUGAACCGCCUUAUAAUAACGAAGACGGAACAAAUAGCAUUAAUUGGCCGCGAAAUUUGGCACUUGAGGCCACUUUUAUUAACCAUAAUUUUUCGCAACAAGUGUUAAAAACAGGAGAAGAAAAAUAUAAGUUUGAAAAUGUAAAUCCAUUUAUUCAAGAGGACGAAGAGGGACAGGUGGCCUCUGUUGCCUAUAGGUAUCGUAAAUGGGAUUUAGGAGAUAAAGUAGAACUUGUUGUUCGCUGUGAACACGAUGGUGUACUCAUUGGACCAAAUGGCCCCCAAUUUAUUAAUAUUAAAGGUCUUAAUGAAUGGGAUCCAAGAAUAUCCGCCGGAAUUGAUUGGCGACAAAAACUUGAUGUUCAACGCGGAGCUGUUCUCGCUAAUGAACUUAAGAACAAUGCUUGCAAAUUAGCCAAAUGGACAGUUCAGGCACUGUUGGCCGGUUCCGAUCAAAUCAAAUUCGGAUAUGUAUCUCGAGUUCACUUCAGAGACUCAUCAAAACACGCUAUAUUAGGGACACAACAGUUUAAACCUAAAGAAUUUGCGGAUCAAACCAACCUUAAUAUGGACAAUGCGUGGGGUGUUUUGCGAUGCAUUAUUGACACGUGUAUGAAACUGGAUGACGGAAAAUACCUCAUCUUGAAAGAUCCCAACAAAGCUGUUCUUCUAUUGUAUGACAUACCGGAUCAGACAUUUGAAACCGAUGAGGAAGAGGACAGUGAAGACGACGAUGAAGAAGAAGACAAUGAAAACUAAUUAAUGGAAACAAAUAGGAAUCGCG